AUGGUUCGCGGACUGUCCGGAUCGUUAGCUGUGGCCAUUCUGGCUAAUGUUGCGGGGAUCUUCGCGUCCGGCGUUAAUAUUGAGGCCUUGUUUGAGCCUUAUUUGUCCCCAGGCAGCUUGAUGGCUGAGCCCACUGAUGCCAACUUCUCUUCUGUGGUUUCGCCGCGAUGGUCUGAGUGGGAUCCCCCUAAAUGGACUGGUGCCAUCAAGCCCCAAACAGUGCAUGACCUUCAGAAUAUUGUUCGAAUUGCUUCGGCACACAACAUACCCUUCAUGGCAACCAAUGGCGGUCAUGGUACUAGCAUCAUCUAUGGUACUGUGACAGGUAUUGACAUCAAUCUUGCUCAUUUCAACACCACCAAGAUUGAUCUUGCCAAAAACCAUUUGACUGUUGGAGCUGGCGUCAAGCUUGGCGAUAUUACUGAGCCAUUGUACAAAGCUGGCAAGGCCGUUCCACGUGGUAACAGCCCUUGUGUUGGCAUGAUUGGCGCAACAAUUGGAGGCGGAAUCGGCUUCGAGACGGGCCUGUAUGGCCUCGGUGUCGACGCGCUCGAGUCUGUCCGCCUGAUAACGGCAACAGGUGACAUCGUGACGGUCUCGGACAAGCACCACCCAGAGCUCAUGUGGGCAAUCCGUGGUGCAGGAGCCAACUUUGGUAUCAUCACGGAAGCGACGUUCAGGUUGGCUGAUCAGCCGAACAACGGCAACGCCGUGGUUGGUAGCUUCGUCUUCAACUCGUCGCAAACUCUUGGUGUCUUUGAAGAAUUGCAAGCACUCGAUUAUGUCUUGCCAGCUGAGCUAGGCGUUCAAUUGAGCAUUUCGUAUAAUCGCACGACCAAUGAAUCGGAGCUCACGGUGGACAUGAAGCACUUUGGCCCUUGGGACACCUUUGUGCCGCACUGGAAUACUGCAAUGAGGCUAGGAUACAGCCGUGGCACCGUCCAGAAUGUAACAGUGGUCGAGCUUUUCGCCAACUUGGAUGGACCUUGCCAGAGCGGUGCUUAUAUCAACGGCGGUACCAUGGGGCUCGGCCGCACCGACCCCCAGACAAUGCAAGAGGUGUUUGAAGAAAUGACUGAAUUUUAUGAGGCUCACCCUGGGUACUUGGGUGAGACACUGUUUCAGAGAUAUGCCAACAACAACACGCUCAAGACCCCCCUUUCCACCGCGGUGUACCCGUGGAGAGACACCAAGACAUUCUGGCUUCAUGAAAACAUCUACACUGAUCCUUCUCUGGAAGAACCGUCUGUUCAGCUGCUGCUGUCGCUCCGAGAAAAGCUCCAAGCGACUAGCGGCUUCUCGGAGCCUCACAUCUACGUCAACUAUGCGUAUGGCGAUGAAGGCCCCGAAGCCUGGUGGUCGAAAGCCAACCUGGCCAAGCUUGGAAAGGUCAAGGCCAAAUGGGACCCGAAGAAUCUGUUUGGCCAUGGAACGCCGGUGUUCUCGUAG